AUGGCGUCUCCCAGCGGCUGCCGGCCGCAGCCCGGCGGGCAGGGCGGUGGCGCCGGGGCCGGGCCGGCGGCUCUGCGGGGCGCCGAGGAGGACGCCGAGGGGCUGUACGUGGCGGUGGAGCGGUGCCCGCUCUGCAACACCACGCGCCGCCGCCUCACCUGCGCCAAGUGCGUCCAGAGCGGCGACUUCGUCUUCUUCGACGGUCGCGACUCCGAGAGGUUUUCAGACAAGAAAGAAAGGCUGAUGCAUCUUAAAACCAAACAGAGAGAAUUCCAAAACCAUGUUUUGAAGGCCAUGGAAGGGAAAGAGAUAACUGAUCAGCUGAGGUGGAAAAUAAUGUCUUGCAAGAUGAGGAUUGAGCAGCUGAAACAGACCAUUUGCAAAGAAAAUGAUGAAAUGACAAGACAUGCGGAGGGGCUUCUGAGAAUUAAAGAGGAGAACCAGAAGCAUUAUCGCAGGGCUCAGCGGCAUCAGGAGAAGAAAGAGAAGAUCCAGAGGCUUAACCGCAAGCUGGGAGACUUGGUAGAGAAAAAAACCUAUGACUUGAAAACCCAGUAUGAACAUCUGGCAAAUCUUCGUCGGACUCAUAUCCUGGAGCUAACAUCAGUCAUAUUUCCCAUUGAAGAAGUAAAGACAAGCAUGAGAGAUCCUGCGGAUGUGUCUUCUGAGAGUGACAACGCUAUGACCUCUAGCACUGUGAGCAAGCUCGCGGAAGCCAGGAGAACCACGUAUCUCUCUGGGAGAUGGGUGUGCGAUGAUCAUAAUGGGGACACCAGCAUCGGUAUCACAGGGCCUUGGAUAACCCUUCCUAAUAAUGGAGACUACUCAGCGUAUUACAAUUGGGUGGAAGAGAAGAAGACUACACAAGGACCAGAUAUGGAACAUAAUAACCCUGCUUAUACCAUCAGUGCUGCAUUGUGCUAUGCAACUCAGCUCGUUAACACUCUGUCUCUCAUACUUGAUGUAAAUCUUCCCAAGAAGCUCUGCAACAGCGAGUUCUGUGGAGAGAAUCUCAGCAGACACAGGUUCACGCGGGCAGUGAAGAAGCUGAAUGCUAAUAUCCUUCACCUUUGCUUCUCUCAGCAUGUGAAUUUAGAUCUGUUGCACCCACUGCAUACGCUCAGGAACCUUAUGUACCUGGUCAGCCCCGACACGGAGAACUUGGGCAGGUCUGGGCCUUUCGAAAUUAGUGCUGAUCUUGAAGACUCCAUGGAGUUUGUGGAUCCCAGCGCCACCGGCGAAACCGAUGAGAGCGGAGAUGAGCACGUCAGCGAUGAAGAGACGGACCUAGGGACAGACUGGGAGAAUCUGCCAAGCCCCAGGUUCUGCGAUAUCCCCUCUCAGCAGGUGGAGAUGCUGCAGAGCCAGAGCACGCAGGCAUCUCAGCCCAUUGCCAGCAGCAGCGCCGGUGGAAUGAUCUCGUCGGCUGCUGCCUCGGUGACCUCAUGGCUGAAGGCGUACACUGGACAUCGCUAGUGAGCAUGGGAAAAGGAUCAUAGGAUUUGUGGAAGGAAUCCCUCCCCGACAAUGCUGUAGUAAACCUUACAUAUUCAGUUAAGUAGUGCCUGGAACAAAGAAAAGGUCAGACUUUCAUUUUGUAAACCAGAAAAACCUUUUUAUUUACCCAAGAUGACUGUGAUGGUACCAUUUUGUAAAUUAGCUAGCUACGUACUUCUGACGGAUUCUGUGACGGCACUUUGUGUCUUGGUUCUGUCUGCAUUGUUGAGUAUCGAAGAAAAAGGACCCGGCAGCCUCCAGCUCUACUUUCUAAAGAAGAAAACAGGUUUUGGAGUGUUUGGAUCGGGAUGAGUACGGAGAGAAGGCUGCUCAGUGUGCAGUCUGGACAGUGGUGCAAAUGCAGUCCGCAUUUUCUUAACUCCUUACAGGAUUUUCGUUUGUGUGUGUUUUAAAUCUGUCUUGCAUAACGCAAAAAUGCAUAUUUCUAAAUUUUUUUCAUUCAGGACAUGAAAAUUACGCAUUUUUAACAUGUUUUCUAAUCUCUGUUGCCAUAUUUUUAAUACAAAGAAUCAGCAUGGACAGGAAUUCACACAGCGAAUUGCUCUUAUUUUAGAUUUGGUUGUGAAUCUUCACCCAGUUUUGCCGUAGAAAACUGGCUUGUUUCAUGCUGUUUCCACUGGUAGGUAGUCUAGAAGUUUUGUGUUGUGCUGUCCAAAGCACACAGGCUCUUUACUCUUAAUAUCAUACACCAAAGAAACACUGGACGUUCUCUUAGCUAGACCCACAUCUGAUGCUGAUACAGGAUUGCGUUGUUGCAAUAAUAUUCAUCAGUUACGACACCAUGUUGCCACUUCUUAAUAUUAAAAAAACCCUGAUUUCAAGCUAGUUUAAUGAAGUCACAUGUUCUCCACACUACAUGCAUUUUAAACCCUAUUCUAUUUUAUGUUUAUGGUGGGGUUUUUUUUUUUCUUCUUCUUUACUGAAUGCCAAGAAGUUGAUUUCAUUUCACUGCAGAAAUGCUCACAGCGCGGCCGGCUCGCUUGUAAAACUACAGGAGGUGCGAUACUGACAGAUGCGUUCGUUAACAAGUGCUCCUCCACUUCCUCUGCCUUGCGGUAUGUAUUACUUAAAGAUGGGUUUGCUCAGUGAGGCUUCCAACGUAUGGUUUACAUUUUAUAUAGUUGGGACACUGUACUUCUCCACGGGGUAAACUAACGUCAAAGCAUCCUCCCGUCCCUCCAAGAGGGAAGAUUUUGGCCGCUCUUCCCGGUAGCUUCCCUGUGGCGACGCAGCUCGUAACGGGGGCACGGCGAGGCUGCAGGGAGCGAUGCACGAGCCGUGUCCCGGCCGUCGGGCAGUGUCCUCCUGCCUGCGUGAAGU